UACCAUCACUAGAUUCGCAGUCAAAAAAGGCGGCAAAAAGUGAGAAAAACAUUUAAAACUCGCAAUUUAAUUAGAAUAAAUUCCAAUGGAGACACGACUGGAGGUGCGUCUGCGAGAGCCGAAUCCGCUGUUCACCCGCUGGCUGGAGCGUUGGCUGCGCGAGGCGGAGCGACGGCAACAGAGGUCCCAGCACAAACUGCGACAGGCCCUGGAGGCUCUGAAGAGCUAUCCGCUGCCGCUGUACAGUGGUCGCGACCUCGCCGUGCUGCGUGGAUUCGGCGGCACCUUGUGCCAGCUCAUUGACGAGGAGCUGCGCCAGCACCGGGCAGCCAGCGAGGCACAGCCGGUGGCGACCACAGCCCAGUACGAGGAGCAGGUGCAACAGGUGGUCCAGGCGGUGCAGGAGAAGCAGCAGAAGGCAAAGCAGAAGGCCAAGCAGAAGAAGCCGACCAAGAAAGCCCAGCUGGAGCAGGCUGCAGCCGAGGAGCGCGAGCGAGUGGUGGAGAUGCUGCCAGGCGGCUUUGAGGUACUGCUCCUGGUUGACACCCAGGAGACGAGUGGCAAGAACAAGCGCGUGCUCGACCAGACACGCAGCUACCUGCAGUCCCUGGGCGCCGAGCACGAGGUGCGUCGCCUCACCGUUGGCGACUUCCUGUGGAUAGCCCGCGCAGCGGACGGCAGCGAGCUCGUCCUGCCCUACAUUGUGGAGCGCAAGCGCAUGGACGAUCUGGCCUCGAGCAUUCGCGACGGCCGCUUCCACGAGCAGAAACACCGGCUGCGGCAGUGCGGCCUGCCGCAUGUGAUCUACCUGAUAGAGGACUACGGGGACAACGAGCAGCUGGGCCUGCCGCUGGACUCGCUGCUGCAGGCGCUGGCCAACGCCCGCAUCCAGUCGGGAAUUCAGGUGGUGCGCACGGAGAACCACUACCGCAGCAUGUGCUACCUGGCGGGCAUGAGCCGAGCGCUGCGGCAACUCUUUCUCGGCAAGAGCCUGCACAGCGUGGAUCGGGUCGCCUUGGGAGUGAGCCGCAGCUGUCUGACCGACCGCCGUGUGGGUCUGCUCAAGUUCCGGGCCCUGUACGAGGACUCGGCCAAGAAUGCCCAGCUGACUGUGCGCGAGGUGUUCGUCCAGCAGCUGCUGCAACUCCAUUCGCUCUCCCUGGACCGGGCCCUGGCCAUUGUGGAGCGUUAUCCCACGCCGCGCCUACUGCUCGAUGCCUACGCGGCGUGCGGCGAGGUGGAGCAGGCUAGGCGACUGCUGGCGGGCAUCACCUGCGGCGCCCUGGAGCGGCCGCUGGGCGAGAAGCUGAGCCAGUGCCUGUACGACUUCUAUGGCAGCGAGUUUAGGUAGGAUUAGGAUUAGCAAUUGAUUUAAUGGGACAUAUCUAAGGUUAUAUACACGAGUUUAUACAUAAGAGUGAGGGAAUAGUACGAGAGUACGAUUUGGACUAGUUGCCAGGAUGCCAUCUCGGGCAGCAGCCCGGCCAUCCUGGCCAAAAAUAUAUCAUACACAUAAAUAAGAA